AUGGCGGCACGCGAUCUGGUAAAGCUAGCAGUCCUGCUGGGAGUGGUGUGUGGAGCUAUGGCUGAUGGAAGCUAUGCUUCCCGCGGUGGAAGUUUUGGAGGUGGAGCUGUUGGAGGCGGCUUCUCCGGAGGAGCAGGAGGUUUCGUAGGAGGAAGCAACUUUAUUGGAGGAGGAGGAGCAGGUGUUGGGGGAGGCAACUUCAUCGGAGGAGGCGGAGGCCAUGGCGGCUUCGGCGGUGGCAGAGUUGAAGCAGGUCACCUCGUUGGACACGGUGUACUCCCUGCUGGAGGCGCCGGCUACUCCGGAGGUGCUGUCGGAGGUCACGGUGGAAGUGCUGGAGGUUUCAUCGGAGGUGGAAGCUCUUUCGGAGGCUCCAGUGUGGGAGGUUCCUUUGGAGGUGGAAGCUCUUUCGGAGGCUCCGGUGUGGGAGGUUCCUUCGGGGGUGUAUCUUCCGGACACAACGUGACCUCCGGGCUAGUACAGUGGUAA